AAGAGAUUGGAAAAUGAAAAAUGGACAUUUUUUGGAUUUUGAGUUUGAUCUUCAGCAUCAUGUAUACAGUCCAUCCUGGUAGACACUGGGUUACUGCACAAUCUGUCACAAAGCCACCAGUUUAUCAGCCUGAUAAAGAGCUCAGUGUGAAUAUCAGAGACUCGGCGACUCUACGGUGUUGUGUUUCUGAAAAUGUAGAUAGAACAAUUACAUGGUUUAAGCAACCAAAGAGAGAAAAACCUCAGAUUGUAGUCACAGUGUAUAGAAGUACUGAACAAACUUUUCACACUGGAUUCCAAAAGUCUCGUUUUCGAAUAGAAAGAUCUUCAAACUGCUUCAAUAUGAUAAUUUUAAGGGUCACUCAGUCUGAUGAAGCCAUGUACUACUGUGUAGUGACAAGACACAGCAUUGUUUUUGGAGAUGGAACUUAUUUACAAAUUAAAGGUGAUCAUGUUACUAUUGCAUCAGAAACAUCUAAAGCAGCUCUGUGUGAUAAUUCAGUGGUGCGUGAACCAACACCGCAUGGAAACAACACUAACACCAACACACAACACAACACAGUGAUCGGUUUGGGAUCGGCUUUGGGUUUGUGCGCACUUCUGAUUUUCUGUCUCACUUAUUUCAUACUGAGGAGAAGAAAAGGUGAUAAAACGAAGGAUCUGGAAAAAUCUCCAGGAAUAAGAAGGGAAUCUCAUGUAAACAGAUUUUCUUAUGAAGCGUUGCAGUUCUUCGGGUCGAAAGUCCAACCUGGAGUAACGGAUGAUUUCAUGUACACUGAUGUAAUGUACACACUGAUGAAACUGUAAAACAUAAAAUGACAGAAAUCACAUUAUUAAUAGUUAAACUGCUGGGAGGCUUCAUUUUUUACUGCAAUAGACAUAUUAGUGAAGAUAUUCCACAGUUCCUCAUG